UUAGUCCGACAAUUAUGUAGCCUGCAUUAAUCUGGAAAUGGAUAGAAUUUAAUUAGCAAAAUUGGAUGUGGUCCAAUUCCAUGUGUAGCAAGAAGAAAGACACAUUUUUGUCGAUCUACUAAUAAUAGCGAAUUAAUAAGAGGGACACAAAGAGAAGCACGUUCCUGUAAAAAGUAUAAUGGACAAGCCAAAACCCGCUCCGAGGAACAGAAAUACACGAAACCGGAGAAAUCGUGACCGUGAUCGUGGCAAGAAUUCUGCCUCCUACGACGACUCCCAACCCACUUCUCCCAUCUUAUCCACUCCAACGCCCGACUCGCCGUCUCCCAUCAAAAGGCCGGACCUCCAUCCUCAUCGGAAAAGAGAUAACAAUAAUGACCCAGAAGUAGACAACAUUUCGCCAAUUCCUUCCACCUCAACGACGCAAAAACCUCAACAACAAAAUGCCGACGAUCCUACAACGACACCAUUAGAAAAAAAUCCCCCCGUCAAAAAAGGAGGAGGAGAACGCAGCAGUACUCGAACUCGUCGUCGCAGGGACUCGACCGACGACGACGACGACGAAGAUAACGACGACGAUCUUAUCGACGCGUCCGACCUGAAGAGACAAAUCGAUCGCUUAGAAAGAGAUUUGCAGCGGAGAGAUCGCGAAUUAAAUGAGGAGCGGAUCGAAACUGAGAAAUGUAUCGAGUCCAUUAAACGCUUGGAGAGAGAUAAGAUUGAUUUGAGGAGAGAAGUUGAAGGGCUGCGGGACGAGGCGGAGGAUUAUCGGAGGGCAUUGGACGAGUAUAAGGAGCGUGCAGCGAAGAAAUUCUCUUCUUCCGGAGGGGGGAAAAGGAUGGCGGGGGGCGAGUAUGACAACAGCGAUGAGGGGGAUGAGUACUACAAUGAUGGGAAUGGAAAACAACAAAGUCAGCAGAGUGGGUUUGAUAUGACGGUGCAGCAGAAAAAUCGACAAAUACAGCAGCUAAUUGAGGAUACGGAGCGUCUGGAUGACGAGAAAAGGUCCCUAGAAGAGAAAUUGACCACGUUGAAGGAGUCUUUAAGUGAAGCGACGAAACAAAUCGAGUCCAUGACGAGUGACCAUUUUGAGCAGAAGGGUCAACUUCAAAAAGGAGACGAGAGGAUAAGGCAAUUGGAGGAGGAGAAAACCGUGUUAUCGAUUCGGGAAAGAGAACUUUUGGGAUAUAAAGAGAGACAUGACCAGUACUUGGAAAAUCUCUGUAACGCUGUUGAUAUUCGGGUGGAUGUUUGGAAGAAAAUGAUGUUUGACAAGGACGAGGAAAUUGAUCGCCUAAACGCAAAAAUUUCUACGUUAAUGAGUCAAAUCCCAAACACCCAGAUGGACUCGGAGAGAACGACGGUGCAAUUAUUGAAUCAUAAACUCGUCGAACGAGAACACCAAAUCGCCCUUCUAAACGAACAACUUGCCCAAGCCACCGAAGAACUCGAGUCCACCUCCUCCUUCAUCGCAUCCCUCCAAUCAAAACUGAACCUCACCGAGGACUCCAAAAAGACUGAAUAUCUCGUCAAAUCCCUCCAAGUAACGGUCAAAAAGCUGGAAGAUAAAUUAGACCGGAGAACCAAACAGUUGUCCGCGGUCGAGAAAGAGGCGGAGGACAAGUCCAGAACGGUGACCUCGCUCAUGGGGCGCAUGGCCGCGUACGAGGCGGGCCAAUACGGGCUGCCGGAAGCCGUCUCGGAAAUCAAGGACCUCAAAAUCCAGAUCCGCAUCCGGGACAAGCAGGUCGAAGGGGUCACGCAGGAAAUAAAUAUUCUUUACAUGCAGGUCAACGAUCUCCAGGAGGAGAGCGAGAUGCUCAGAGAAAAGUUGGGCGUGGAGAAGGAGGCCGACAUCAGCCGAGAAACGAAGCGCUACACGCGCACCAAGAAGAACGAGUUGUCCGCGUUGAGGUCGAAAGUGGGGAAUUUGGAGGAAGAAGUGGUCACCCUGAAGACGAGGAAUUACAGUUUGAAAAAGCAGUUGGCGCAGGUGGACAUGAAUCCGGAGCAGAUUGUGGUUCCGAAUUCGGGUGGUGGGAGUUACUUGCCGGACAUGGAUCGAGAGAGAGACGGGCCGGAUGGGGGGACGGGGUCGGUGGUGUCGGAUCGUGUUUCGACGGAUCCUGUGGGGACGACGAGGGGGGAUAUUUUGGUUAGGAAUUUGACCGGAUUUGGCGUCAAGAGUGAAGAGUGGAAGGAAAAGUAUGAAAUUAUACUGGAAGAGAAUAGUGCGUUGAGGAGGGGACUGCAUGAGAUUUUGGAUUGCAUGCACAAAAUGACAGACGAUGGCAACACGGAAGUCAUGAUCCAAGCCCCCGUUUUGGAAGAACUCCUCCGUGAAAUGUCCGCCCGUGGGAUAAUCAACUAUCCCUACCCCAUCUCCAGCUUCCACAUGAAAGUUUGCAAUUUAGAAGGAAAGUGUUCCCAGCUUCGGGAAGAUCUUCACCGUUUACGACAAGAAGAACGGCAAUGUCGCGAAGAGCUGUUCGAAGCUAAAAAUACCAUUUCAACAUUAACCGAACAACUAAAAUCAGGAGUUGACACCCGUCCAUCGCAACAUUUCAUGUCAUCAUCGUCACCACCACCACCACCAUCAAAUCAAGAGAGACGUGUCACAUUCGAACGAGGAGAAUCAUUGGACCGCAUUGAUUCCGAAGUUCACGAAAUUUCAAACAAAACUCGUCAAGAAUCAGGAAAUUUACAUCACGACUCGUUCUCAACAAACCUUACUUUUCCAAAAAGACGAGACUUCGUGGUGGAAGCCCUGCAAGAAGAAAUCGUCUCCCUUCGCACCCAAAAUGAGUCCUUGGCACGCAGCGUGGAGCAGGAAAAGAGUCAAAAAAUGGAACAACUCGAAGCCUUGGUCAGCAAGGCGAAUGAGCUCGUGACGAAGAACGGCGACGAUCCUCCUGCCGCCCAACUCAAGAUCGAGUACUUGGUCGCCAUCCAAGAAAACCAGACGAACGAGAUCAAUUCGCUGCUUAGAAAAUUGGCCCAAGUCGGGAACGAAUACAUGGCUCGGUUGGGCCACCUGGAACGAUUCCAGUUAAAAGCGAUCCACCAGAUCACGACGUUUCAUCAAGUUCUCGAAAAUAGCGUGCCAAUCCAUCUGUUCCACAAUGCGAAGAAGGAAAUCCGUCACUUGUCCGACAAGCUGGUGGAGUUGGAGGAGAAAGAAGCCACCGUGGUGGUGAAGACGGUCGCGUUUCAUAAGAAUACGGCGGAAAUUGCGGAACUUAGGAAGGAGAGGGACGCUCUGGAAGAACAGCUUGGCAAAUGUCAGGCGAGAUUGUUGGAAACUGCGGCGAAAUUUGAGGACAAGACGAAACCACCACCGGAUUCAGAAAAUAACCCCGAAUUUUCCCUUCAACUAAGUCAAUCCUUAAAAAAAUACGACGACCUGAAGGACAAAUUUGACGCUGUAGAAUCCUCCAAGAAAAAAAUCGAGUCCGAAUUUCACGACCUCACCGAGAAAUACAACACCUGUGUCUCCACCGUGAAUGAGAAAUAUAUCGACACCGUGGCCCGAGAAGAGUACGACCUCCUCGUCAACAAGUUGGUCAACACGGAAGAAAUCUUGGUCACGGCGAAGGACGAAUGUCUAAAGUGGAAGGAAUUAGCGGAAAUGACGCAAAAUCAGAUCAAGGCAAUCGAAAAUAUAAAAUACUUUGAAAAAGUAGAGCUUGAUUAUUUGGCAAAGCAGGUUUUAGAACUUCAGUCCGAAUCCAGUGAGAAAUCGUUACUCGCAAAAGCGCAUCAUCACAUGCUCACCGGCGACAAGGAGAAGCACUUGGCGAUCCAACAGGUGGAAAAACUUCUGUCGAAAUUGUCCCAGUUGGAGGCGCAUUCUUUGCAACAAUCGAAAAUUCACCAGGACAGAGAAAUGUCGCUGAUUUCGAUGCAUACACAUGUCAUCAUGCGGUAUCGGAAUCUCUUCGCGGCGCUGCAUGACUCGCAGACAGCGCAGAAUUAUAAUUACACGACGAGGAGCGUGACCAAGAUGAAGACGUCGAACAGUGAUGUUAAAGAAGCGUUUGAACUGUUUGAGAAGACGAAGAGGAAUUGUGGGGAGUUGGAAGAGCAGUUGUUGGAAGAGAGGUUGAAGGGGGAGGAGUUGGAGGAAAAGUGUAAACUUUUGGAGGGGAUGGUUAAUUCGUUGAAGGAGGACGGAUUGGGACAGGAAGUUGUUUUUGAAUCGGUCCAAAAAGCGCAGGAGGCACGGGUUGAGGCGACACGAUGGAAAAGGAAAGCCGAACAGAAGAGCAGAGACUGCUUAUCCCUGCAAGAAUCGGUCCAUCGACUCGAAAACAUAACGCACGAGUUGGAGGAUGACCGUUUAAAAUUAGAACACGCUCUGGAGCUCAAGGACUCCCUGACGUCCACACUAAUCGGAAAAUCUGUGGAAGACCUUCACCUCCGGAUGGUCCCUUCUUCUCAUCAAGGGCUUCAUCAUCAAGGGCCCCCUCUGAUUGAGACCCUCUCAUCAACCUCGAUGCCCUUGUUGGCCGUCAGUUCGACCAGACUUGACACGAAUGCGACGGAAAAUAAGGAAUGUCAAAUCUCCAGCGUUCCUUCGCAUGACCACGUGUCCGCUGCUGCCCACGUGGAAGAGUUGUUACUGGAGAAGAACGGGCUGAUAAAUUCCUUGCAAAUGAUGACGAUUAGAGUUGCGGAGCUGGAGGGAAACGUGCGGGCGAAGGAGGAAGCGUUAAAUGAGAUUAAAUUCAUUCGGGCACAACAACAGGAACGAGAUGGUCAUCAUAAAAGACCAACGUCUGCGGAUUCAGAUCUCCAAGAUGCUUUAGUGGUUGCACGGGAAAGCAUGACCUCACUGCAAGAACGCUUAAAGUCGAAGGAAGAAAAUGUCAACCAGUAUCGUCGACUUCUGGCCGAAGUUCGAAAUGAAAUGCAGACAUCGACUGAACGUCAUGUCCAAGAAAUGCGAGCACUUCAAAUGACUAUACAUCAACAACAACAAGCAUUCACAAGAAUGAAGUCCACACUGAGCCAUCCAGUGAAGGACUCUCUGAACGUGGAAGGGACCAUAAAGGACCAAUUGACACGAAUUCAUGAACUCGAGGAUGAAGUAUCUCAGCUUCAGCAUGCAAUGAGUAAUACUGCUGCUCAACUAACGGCUGCCCGGAGUGAAGCGCAUCGAUGGAGAUGUCACGCCGAAGCGAAAAUGAAGGAGGCCGACUCCGUGCGUGACCAGCAACAGGUGAAUUUGGAAAGUUUAGAAGAACUUGGUUCCGUUCGGCAAGAAUUGCGUGAAACACAACGAAAAUUGGAGGAGUCUCACCAACAAUUGGAAAACGUGCGGAGCAAUUCCCUCAAAGAUAGUGGGAUGACAGAUUUGGUGAACGUUUUAAGGGGUGAAUUAGAGGAAAAGGACAAACAGAUUGAGGCGUACUCCAAGAGUUUGCAUAACCUUAAGAAUUCUGGAACGUAUACAGAAAAGAGUUCUCUGGAAGAGAAAAUUCAAACGAAAAAUUCUGAAGUUUCUUUUCUCAAGGAGCAAAUUAACGAACUUCAUAAAACUGUGGCUGCCCAACAAGUCAAGAUAAGCAAGUCUGCUAAACCCGUUGUCCAAAGAUCCGCCGAUCUUGACGCGUUACGAGCCAAGCUGCAAGAACUGACCGAGGCGAAAGCAAAGGUAGAUAAGGAUUUUGCUGACCUUAACAGAAAGCGAGAUGAAGACGAGAUGAAGAAAAUCAAAUCGGCCGAGAGGGUUGCGCGUUUUGAAGAGUCCAAGAAAUGGAAAGCCACCUUAAAGACGGGCGAGAUUCGAAUAAGCGAAUUAGAGUCGGAAAUCGAGCGUUUUAAAAGCAUUGUACAAAACUUGCGUACGAGCAUCAGCCGGAUGGAGAAGGAUAAGAUAAUUCUGGAGACCAAGUUAUCCUCGUCGCGACAAAAUGACAACACGAGAUCGAGUUCUGCCUCGACGAGAUUCUCGUCAGACUCCCAAUUGUCGUCUCAACAAGCGCACAUUUUGGCUCAGGGAGAAAUUGCAAGGCUAAAAAUUGAGAUCCACGACUUGCAAGAGUUGAACGAGAAGACCGAGUUCGAAGGUCGGGAGGAAGCUGAGCGAUUGAAAAUGGAAGUGAAGCUGCUUAAAGAAAGAGUCGUUUCGCAAGAGAGACAAUUGACGGCGUAUCAAAUCGCACAAAAGGGUGACGCCCAAGUGAUCACAGAGAUUGAAAAUAUGUCACUUCGAGAGGCUCAUGUUCAGAAAGAGAUACGACGCUUGGAAGAGGACAACCUGUACUUGAACCUCCAGAUUGAACAGCUUCGCCUCGAAUCACCCAGACUUCGGGAUAGGGUUCAGCACCUGCAAAAAAUGGUUGAAGCCUUGAAGUCCGAGAAGCCUUUAGUAGCGCACAGUGACGCGGACAAAAAGAGUCAAAAGUCUCUGAGCGAAUUGGAGAAAACGAUUAACGCACUCAAAGGCGUCAUCAGCAAAUUGCAGUCGGAAAAUAAAAAGCUACAAAUGCGUCCACCACCCACAGUUUCGAACGUCGUCAGCAGUGAAAAGUUGAAGACGUCGGUUGGGAGUAUUGUUGAAGAGAAAAAACUGCUCCUUGACAAAGUGGAGUAUUUGGAGCAUGAAAAUGAAAAAUUGACUAGAAAAUUCCUGGAAGCGAACGGAAGAACAGAGUCAUUAGAGGAGAAAUUUAAUGAUGUAGAAAAACGGGCAAAAAGUGCAGAAAUGAGGUUAAAGACUUUCUUAGAUGUUACCAACAAAAAUAAUUCCCCCGUCUCCUCUGAGACUGCUGAGCAGGGAUUAGUCGACGUGGAACAAGGUCACCCUUCUUCCCUCGGUUCGAAUGUGAGUGCCCUUCAUCAGAAAUUGAAGGCCAUGCAGGAAGAAUUGGACACCAAGAAUCGGCUCUUGGCCGCUGCCAAGCAUUCAUUACGAGCCGCGGAGAAAGCUACGGCGCCCAAACCGACGACGUCGCCAAGGCCGAGGGACGAUUCUGAGCUCCCUGUAGCCGCCACCACUUCCGCGUAUCUAGCUCUCGUGUAAAAAAAUAUCGUCUACCUCGAUAAUUUAGUUAUAAAAAUAAUUUAAAAAAUGGAUAUGUAAACAAUGAACUGAACGCCAAAAUAAUGACGACACGAGACAAGUUUUUGUACUCUUUAUAGACUUGAAAUUGUUUUAAUUGGUGGAUUUCUGUAUAAAUAAUAAAACUUUGUGGUGUUUGUUAAUGCAAAAUUUA